AUGGGUAAGCUUUUAAACUCCGCCGACGACCUCGACCGCUUCGACCUCCAUGGGCCGAAGGAUCUGAUGGACCUCGACGAGAUUGACUGGGCCAAGGAGGAGCACCGCCGCCGCAUCGCCGCCUGCCUCGUCAAAGGCGUUUACGUCCACGAGAACGACAGAGCGGAGCGCAUGGCGGUUAAGCUGGCGCCGGCGUGGUGGGAAAGCUUUGGCUUCCACCUAAAGAAAGAACUCAGAGAGCCGAUAUACUCCGCCAUCGUCGGUGUUGUAUUCGACACCAUCUACGGUGCCAUCUUCGAGUACAGCCCCAGCGCGCCCGGCGACCGGUGCGCUCCACGGUAUGUCGUCGCCUUCAGGGGCACAAAGCCGGGGAGUAUUCGAGACUACUACCUUGACUUGACAAUCGUGAUCAACAAACUGAAGAAACGCACGCGCUGCGUGCAAGCGUGCGCUACGAUCGAGGGACUUAUGAUGGAGGAGGGCCAAGACAGCUGCAUCUGGCUCGCCGGGCACUCUCUCGGAGCGGCUGUGGCGCUGGUCGUGGGACGGUACAUGAUGGUGCAGGAGAAGCCGCCAAACCUCCCGACCUUCCUCUUCAAUCCACCGCACGUCUCAUUUAUAACGUCGAUCAACUUGCUGAAGCUGGACCCGGUGGCGAAGGAGAGCGUGCACCGGGUGGGUAACAUCUUAAGGGAGGGUGCUGCAAAGGUCUUGCGCUCCCAUCGGGAGCGCAUGGACAACUUGUUCCAGCGGCUUUCCCCUUGGGUGCCGAAUCUGUACGUGCACAAGAAGGACCCCAUCUGCCAGGGCUUCAUCGACUACUUCGAGCAGCGGCAGAAGUUCAUGGAAGGCUCCCACCGUGUUGGCACAACGUUCGCGGCACUCUCUCUCCGUGACGGGUUCUGGCACCUGAUUGACAAGGACAAGGACCGGCCGCAACUCCUGCCAUCGGCGAAGCUGUGGAAAAGCUGUCUCGACCACGAUCCGCACGGUCUCCAGCAGUGGUGGAAACAGGACAGCUUGGAGGCCAAGCAUUAUAGCUACCCUGUGCCUCAAGCACAAACUGCUUCUACCUCUAUGCCGGCUUAG